AAACAAGCUGGAAUCAGCCACCAAGAAACUAUAGUGCUAUUGGGAGCAACGUCCCAGGAUGUCUAGAAAUUCGGCAGGUUCGGCUAGGAGGAGAUCUUCUUCCUCAGGAUCCCAGGGGCAACAUAAUCGUGAUCAGCCGCCGGUGUUCUCUAGUAGUGGCAUAGCUCAUGAUAUAGAGCAGACGAGAUGUGAUCCAUUGAUUGAGGAUAUGGAUCAUUUGACAUCUGAUCAUGAUACUGAGGGCCCUUCAUCCUCGAAGGGGAAAAAAGGACGAGGUCGGAAUUUGAAAGGUCUACGCCCUCCAGAGAAUAGAGAGAGUAGGACCUGGGUUAAACUUACUGAUGAUAAGCUUCAGUUUGCUGAUCCAUCCAUUCCUCGAGCUAUCACUGCCUUAUGGAAGUCACGUUUUGAUGGCCCAUAUUUCACAUUUGAUCGUGUCCCCAACAACAAGAUUAAUGAAAUUUACGCUUGUUUCAAAGUAAGAUUUAAUUUUAGCAAAUUAAAUAAAAUGAAUGGAUUUAGCAAUUUUUAAUAAAAAUAAAUAAUUUAAUUACUU